CGACUCCACGCCCGCCUAAGCCGAGUCACGUGUCCGCCCAAGAUGGCUGCGCCCUGGCGAGUUGUGCAAAGGUUGCAGUGAGCCUUAGCGGCUGAGGAAGACGAAGAGGAAGCACCGAGUGCUGGGAGGACAGAAGAACUGACAUCCCAGGGAGGGAAGCGCAGCUCAAGAUGAAAAAUCAUGAACCAGAUUACACUGUCAAGGAAAACCAAAUUUUUGAUAUCAUAACCAGAAAAAUUAACCAACUUCCAGAAGCAGAAAGGGGCCUACUUGAACAUGGAUCGAUGUAUGUUGGACUUAAUGCUGCUCUGUGUGGCCUAAUAGCAAACAGUCUUUUUCGGCGCAUCUUAAACGUGACACAGGCUCGUGUAGCUGCAGGCUUACCAAUGGCAGUGAUCCCAUUUUUGACAGCACAUGUAUCUUACAAAGGUUUUGUAAGUUUACCAUUGAAUACAGGUGAUCUGAACUGUGAAACAUGUACCAUAAUACGGGGUGGAUUAGUUGGUCUUGUUUUUGGUGGUCUGUACCCCGUUUUCUUGGCUAUACCUGUGAAUGGUGGUCUAGCAGCCAGGUAUGCCUCAGCCCUGCUACCAGAGAAAGGAAACAUCUUAACUUACUGGAUAAGGAUUUCUAAGCCUAUCUUUAGAAAGAUGUUAUUUCCCAUUUUGCUCCAGACUGGGUUUUCAGCAUACCUUGGUUCUAGACAAUAUAAACUACUUAUAAAAGCUCUUCAAUUGCCUGAACCUGGCUUAGAAAUUCAGUAUUAAGCAAAUCUGUACACAAAAAUAAAACUGUGAAAAUAA